AACACCAGAAUAAAUAAAAACGUAAAUCAUGAGAUAUGAAAGUUUAAAGAACAAAAUUAAUGUGUAAAUAUACGAGAUAAAUCGUACUAUUAUUUCACACCUAAAUCGCCCGAGGAUAUGGUGCAAUAAAAGCGAUGAGUCAUCUUUGAGAAGAAUUAAAUUCUAUCUGAUUGAAAUUACUUUAGAGUAUUCCAACAACUAUGUGCCUUAACUUUAGGACUAGAGCUAUAUCAAAUUAAUUAAAUUUUAUAAUGGACGAUCGGAGGAUAGCCGACUAUUUUGUAGUGGCGGGACUGCCUGAUGAUCCCGAACCACUUGAUGAUACGACACUUUCUGAGGGAGGUUUGCUUAAGGCGAGCCAUGGACAGGCUCCCAUCACUGAUAUUGGGAUUAUUUUUCCUGAGUUGGGUGAAACGAAGCCUGAUGACUAUGAAAUUAUUAAGAAAACCCCCACCGGUUUACAAGCUGACUUGAACCACGGUAGUAUUAGGUCCACAGAAUGUUACUUGUGUAUCAGAAGAGGACGAGACAAACCACCCCUAGUCGACAUAGGUGUAAUGUAUGAGGGGAAGGAAUGGCUAAUGGCAGAUGCUGAAGUGGUUAAACAAAGUGUGGGAGGAAACGUCGCAAAUGUAAAUAACUCAACCGCUGAAACAUUUAUAACGUUCAGAAGGGGCACAUCCACUAUGCCGUGCAAUGCUUUAGUAGUGACUGAUAUUUGUAUAGUGAUCGCAAGCAAGGGGGAGUCUCCACCUCAUGCAUUCUGUUGCAUCAACAAAAAUUUGAAUAAGGGCAUAGUUGGGAGUGAUGUUUUCCUUUGUUAUAAGAAGUCAAUGAACAGGGCAAAGUCAUUAACAUACAAACCAGGUGUUUUAUCCAGGUAUCCACACACCGAUUUGCCAAAUUUCCCGUUUCCAACGAAAGUGUCUUUGUUUUGCCUACCCAUGGGUUCAACGUUGGAGCUUUGGCCAAGAGAGGCGACCCACCCCCGACCGGUGUUCAGCACCUUUGUCCUGACUGUCUCAGACGCCAAACACAAAAUUUACGGAUCCGCCCUGACGUUCUACGAACAAUAUCCGGAAGAGAAGCUCAGCGAGGAACAAAGAGAGUUGCUGAACUUCGACGGAGACUCCAAACAUGUGUUGCACGUGAACAAAAGCAUAUGUGUGCUGUCGCAUUGGCCCUUCUCCUUAGAUUUUCAAGACUGGCUGCUGUUCUUGCAUGACUUGGUGGCAAGGGGGGCUCCACAGUCUGUGCCCAUAGAACGUUACGUCGUCCAGUUGUUGGACGAGGUGCCGUUCCCGUCGCCCAGAAUAUUACUCCAACUCUCCAACUUGGUUAUUUUAACGCAGCCCGAGGAUUCCCCGUUGCCCAGGAGUGCGGCCAGUUUCAAGCAGCUGUUGCUGAACUUGGGGUCCGAUAAUUGCCUGCAAGUCUUGCUGUUGGCAUUGACUGAACAAAAGAUUUUAAUCCAUUCCUUGAGGCCGGACACGCUGACUGCCGUGGCCGAAGCCGUUUCCACUUUCUUGUUUCCGUUUAAGUGGCAGUGUCCUUACAUCCCCUUGUGUCCUCUAGGUCUGGUUGAAGUAUUACAUGCACCUUUACCCUUUUUAAUAGGAGUCGACUCCAGAUUUUUUGAUCUUUAUGACCCACCUUCAGAUGUUAGUUGCAUAGAUUUGGACACUAACAUUAUAACAGUUGCUGAAAGUCACAGGAACAUACUUAACACAAAAUUGCUGCCGAAAAAGGCGGCUAAAUGCUUGAAGGCAACUUUAGAUCUUCUGUAUCAUGAAUUGAUGAAUUACUCCAAAACAAACAGUGAUGUCAUUGAUCAGGACAACAUUGAAGCUUUAUUCCAAAAACGAAAGAAAGAGCAAGCUCACGAACUGCGUAUUCAAGAGGCCUUCCUCAAGUUCAUGAUAGCAAUCCUUCGUGGCUACCGCAGCUUCCUCCUGCCCAUCAUCAAGGCGCCGACGGUCGGCACGACCGACACCGAAGCCCUGUUCCAGCUCAACGAGUUCAUGCGCAGCCGCGACAAGGCCCACCAGAAGUUCUUCUCGUUGCUGAUCAAAACGCAGAUGUUCAUACGCUUCGUGGAGGAGCGAAGCUUCGUGGCGGACGGUGACCAGGGACUGGCGUUCUUCGACGAGUGCACCGAAAAGUGGACCAACGAGGACGGGGGCGGGCAUCUGAUCGAACUGGAUGCUGCGCACCGGAGCGACCGCACCGUGUUCGUGCUGCCACCUGAACAAACGUCACCCGGCCAACUACACGAUUAUAAAAAGCAAUUCGUCCUGGAUCCCGCUUAUUUGGUGUCCAAGAAACGUAACCAUGUGUCGUACUUGACACAAACAGUAAUACCCGGGUCUCCAAUGGCCAGAAGAACAAAGCACGAGAUUAAGUCUGCCCAAAAAUUAGCCCGAAAGUGCGUGACGUCCCCAGAUAUGUGGGCGAAGUGCCUGUGUGGCACCUGCCACACUUUGUACUUCAUGGUGUUGCCCAGCAUGCUGACGUUGAACCAGGGCAAAGAAAAGGCCAUCCUCCAACAAGCCUACGAUAUAUUAGUUAACGCGACCAUCUGGGGGUUGUCCUGCGACGAGAUUUGCUACAGAUUGAUGAUGCAACUGUGCGGCGAACACUCCCGUCCACUUUUAGCCGUUAAUCUGUUGGUUUUGAUGAGGAAGUACGGCAUACAACCUAACGCACUCACUUACGGGUUGUACAAUCGUUGCGUGUUGGAGGCGGAAUGGCCCGCCUAUUCAGGUUCUAGUCAAUUACUGUGGAAGAAGCUGAGGAACGUGGUAAUGGGGGCGGCGCACUUCCGAUGGGCCGCCAGACGACAUGCCGCCCGUAGACUAUCUGCGUCGACUGAAGGAGGCUCAAGUCUGCUUGACCCAGGCAACAGGGCGGCGUCCCGCUCGUCGCUGGACUCGCACGAGGCGGUGCCCGGCGACAGUUUCAUGGACAAGUUCAAGAAGGUGGCCAGCAUUGUGCGGGGCAGCCUCAACGGGCUGGAACAGACGGCCGUGGAGCCGACUGACGUGACCGACGUGGGGGACAACAACGACGACCAACAGACUGACGUGACUGAAGGAGAAACGGAAGACUAUAAGGUACCGGACAGUCCGUCCGAGUACAGGCUACUGUCGCGGUCGGAGAGCGGCAACGACGCCAACUUAAUCGACAAGUUGCAAAACAGGAAACAGUGUUCGAGGAGCUUGCAGUUCAAUGAAGAAGGAACGGGCGACAACGGCAAGAACUCCCCCGGAAAAAUGUCCCCAAGAGAAGUGGUGACGGAGAACGACCCCUUAGGCGCAUUCGAACAAGAACCACCGGUAACAGAGACGCAGGAACGGCAAAAGGAGGUCCAGGCGCCGCCGACGAACGUCUUGACGGACGAUCCGGUGUUGUUCAAGUCGUCGGUGCACAGAUCGGCAACGUUCGAGGGCAGUCCGCCGUCGCAGAGCAAGCUGCAUCGGUCGGAGACGGUGCCGGCGGCCACAGUGGCCUCCAGUCUGGCCAGUUUGGGUUCGUCGUUGAAAAUGGGCUUCGGCCGCUAUACACCAACACGCCUGUCUCUACGUAAACCCGAAUUCAAAGUACCCCAAUUAUUCAUUGAGAAUGCCAUAAAUAGCCUGAGUCCGAGCAGCUACACGAGCAAAAAGUCGAACGAAAUAAUCCAGGGCAGCCUCAGUUCGAUAAAGUCGGCCGCCACCACCGUGGCCAAGAAGCUGGACGAGAUCAAGGAGGCGAUCUCCUCGACCAACUCGACGCCGGUGAAGGUGUUGACCGGCGUGACUGGAGGCGGCGACCGUCUGGGCGCCGGCGACUGCCUGGAGGCGCCCAGCGGCGAGUCCGAGUCGAACGACGGCAGCGAGGGCGGCGAGAGACAUCGGCGCGUGUCGGCCGAGUUCGGCAGUUACCGCGGCAGUUAUUCCAACCUCAAGGACACCGAGGAUCCGCUGCCCGACUCCCUGUUCCCCCACCCCUCCGAAGAGAAACCCGAUAGUGAAGUUGACGUGACGCUUACGUCGUGCUCGCAGUGUCACAACUGUUCCUGCAUCCUCUUCGACGAGGACAUAAUGGCCUACUGGUCCGCCGACGACUCGAACCUCAACACGGUGUGCUUGUGCUGCAACAAACCGACGGUUCCGCUCCUGACUAUUAACGUGAACGGUCAGAACGUGACGCAUCGUGAGCCGUUCAGUGUACCGUACUUAAACCCCUUAGUGCUAAGAAAGGAACUGGAGAACAUUAUAGCCCAAGAGGGCGACCUUAGUCUGUCCAAAAGUAAGUUCAUUGAUGAGCACCCGAUUAUCUACUGGAACUUGAUAUGGACGUUCGAGCGUAUCAAUGUCCAAACCCAUCUGCCUAAUCUGUACUUGAAGAACGCCGAAAGGGACAACAACAACGGGGUGGUGGUAAAACAGGAGGUGGACGCUGAGACUGGCUCUUCUGAAGGGCUCAACUUAAAGCCGGUUGAGGAGGGCACUGACCCCCUCACUUUAGAACUGGCUGCCUUAGCUACAAGCAAGGACAACACUCAGCGACAGGCGGCGAAGGUCUACGUGCGAUGUCUGUGGGACGACCCAAACCGGCACGUGGGCAUACCCCCGAUGUACGUGUUGUGGCAAAGGCUGCACGACUCGUCUAACCCAGUCUCCCCCGAAAGGAAGAUAACUACCAAAGCAUUUAUGCAGCAAAUAAUAUCGAACAUCCGCGUCAAUAACCUGGUGGAGCCGCUCAAGUCCCUGGCGACUGAACGCGAGAAGGAGGGACGGACGAAGUUGUGCAUGUCGAACUCGGUGUACAGGGACAUACUGUUUUUGGCGUGCAAGGCGAUAGGUCGCAACCGCAUCGACAUCAACACCUUCGACAAGGAGUACACGACGGCCUUCUCGAGGGUGACGGAACGGCAAAACCGACUGUACGGGGCGCACGACAAGCCCCUCAGUCUGAACUCGUUGUACUGUCGACAAUAUUUCCGCCCUUUGGUGUUGCCUUGAUUCGUUUUUGAAUUUGAUAUUUGAUUAACUUGUGGCUUUAUUUGUUGCUAGUUAAGUUUAAAAUAUUUGGUUAUUUUUACGGAUGCGUGUUUUAAUGAAAUUGUAAGCUUUAACGACUUGUUUCCUUUGAGGGACGCGUGCGGUGGCACUUAGUGUUCAUUUGAAUCAAAAUUAGAUAUUAAAAUCACAACUUUAAAGAAUAUUAUCAUUUUGACAGUCACUGGUGGUACUUAAUUAAAUUUAGCUCUUUAUAAUUCGUCGUAGGAUUUAUUCAAAUCAUUUUUAUACAGUUUCAUUUAAAACGUGCAUAAAUCAAUUGGUGCACUGCUUCUUUUAUUUGUACAUUAACUUAUACUUUAAUUUUAUAAUGUGAAACAUUAUGUACUGUUAUUGGUAGUAGCAAAUGUAAAAUAAAAUCAAAACUGUUAAUUCUUA